AUGCAGUUGCCGCAGGGGUUCUCCCACGUUGGCGACGGCCGUCUGUGCAUCAGCGAGGAACACUUGCUGAAGCUGAAGACGCCGAGAGAUAUCAACGAAGUGUACCAGGUUGCAGACACCUGGAUCGCCAAAGGCAUGUACGGCAUCGUUCGAGCCGCCGUAUCAAAACAAUCUGGCAUUAGCUACGCGGCCAAAUUUCUACGUCGACGCAGGCGGGGCCAAUGUUGCCUGAGCGAAAUCAAUCACGAGAUAGCGGUGCUGAUGCUAUGCGCUGACUCUGACCAUGUUGUGAAGCUGCAGGCCGUCCACGAAACGCGCUCAGAGUUCGCCCUCAUAUUGGAGCUUGCGACCGGCGGCGAAUUGCAAACGCUCAUCGAUGAGCAAGGCCAACUAGCGGAGCAGGCGACGCGCGUUUGCAUGCGUGAAAUUUUACGCGCCCUGCAACAUAUGCACAGCAAAUCCAUCGCACACCUGGACCUGAAGCCGCAAAACAUACUACUAGCCGGGAAAUCCGUUGACGAUGGUCUGAAACUGUGUGACUUUGGACUUGCUCGGUUCAUUGCGGAGAAGGACAAGAUCUACGAGAUCGUCGGUACGCCCGACUAUGUGGCACCGGAGGUGCUACACUACAAUCCACUAUCCCUGCAAACGGACAUCUGGUCAAUCGGCGUGCUCGCCUACGUCCUGCUGACCGGGUUGUCACCGUUCGGGGGCGACAACAAGCAGGAAACGUUCCUGAACGUCACCAAAUGCUCGCUCACCUUUCCGGACGAUUUGUUCAGCGGAAUAUCGAGCGAUGCGAUCGACUUCAUUAAGAGCACGCUUAGAAUCAAGCCAAAGGAUCGACUGACCGUCGACGAGUGUCUCGAGCAUCGGUGGUUAAAAGAGGACACGGUUUGCCUGAGAGAGGAAAUGUUAGCCGCCCGUGCCUCAGCGGCACAUGAUAAAUCCGGCACCAGAGCUGUGAUGACUGAAAACGGCAUUGAGAGUGGAAGCAAUGCAGCAGUAGUAGAGAAUGGAAAUGGUUAUGGCACGAAGCAGAAGUUGUUAGCGGUGGUAGAGUGUGGCAGCAGUAAUACAGCAACCGUUGCCUUGCCCGCUUUAUCCGUCAUUAGUGUGUCGGCCGAACAAGAUGGAUGCGAAGCGGGUGGUGGAGACGGUGGUGGAGGAGGAGGAAGAGGAGGAGGUAGUGGUGGUGCAGGAAGAAAAUCAUCUCCCCCAGCAGAGCUGAAGAUAGCACAGCGUGAUAUCACCACGAUUGGGGAAGAAAAUAAGGAAAAUGUUAUUGCCGGAGGUGGGUUAGUGUCGCGGUCACUGUUUCCCGAUGCGCCCACCACACCCAAGGUUAGCCGAAAGACGCUACCGGUGGAAACACAGAACGAUGGGACCCUCUUUACCCAUCUUCAUCACCAUAAUUAUCAUCACCAUCAUCAUUACUACAACCAUCAAGCACAAUAUUUGCUUCAUAAUAGUUUUAUAACGCAGCAACUCCACCAUGUGCUUAACCAGAACGUUGCGCUGCCCAACAGUAACGGCAAUGAUAAUAGUGGCAGUAACAGUAGCGUUGCGUUAGCUGCCCGCCAAGGUUCACCGUCGUGUGUGAACAAUUUUGUACAAAACAUGCACAUACAAUCAAAUAUGAUGCAGCGCGCUGUUGCUCGUAGUAGCAGUAGUAGUGAUGGUAACAUCGAGGUGACAGUGAAAGUAGAACCAGGCGACGAGAAUGUGAUCGAUCUAAGCUGCCGAAUACUCACACCACCGGUAACGGAAUGCAAUGAACUCGAUGCGGUGAAUGAUUGCAGCAGCGCUACAACAAACGGCUGUACGAACGUUACCAGUACCUCGUUGCCGAUAAUCCCGGGUGAAGUGGCUGCCAGUACAAGCUGUACCAACGACACCAACACCUCCUUCCCUGCGGUUGCCGCUUCUACGGUUAGCAACAGUUGCCGAUCGACGGCAGCAACACUCUGCACGCUGCAGUGUACGGAAUCAACAGUCAUCGAUCUUUCCACGAAAAGUCACAACAAGCCGACGCUUCAGCAGAGCGACAAGGAUGCCAUUACCUGCUGA